UCAGUUAGGUUCGCGGAUAUCCAAUCGUUACAGGCAGAUGUUAUACGAUAUCAGGGAGCCCCCGGUAUCUACCCGAUCAACUGUUCCUUUGUUUUCCUCCGGCGAGAUAAAAUGCCAUCCCAGUCAAUACAGACACCAUUGAUCUGUACCGACCCGCCAGUCCCCCCAAUAAUACACAGCCAUUGAUUUUGUUCACCUCCAGAUUUAGUCAAUGAUGUACGACGUGGAAGAUUUAUAAACUCUUCUAUGAAUUAAUCCGCCGGGGAGAAGAGGAAUUAAAAAGCCCUGAGUAUCUCUGGUGAAAUUUAAUUAAUUUUUUAAGGAAAGCAGUCUGCAUGUAGUGCGGGGAUUUUUUCACUGUGUGCGAGUGUUUUGAGUGUUUCGGAGGCUUUAUGUGAUGUCAUUGGACUGAUGCUAAAAUUUCCUCGUCUGUGGAAUAACGCAAGAUAUACAGGAAGCGUAACGUUAAAAGGAUGGUGAUGACAACAGGUGGCGCUAACAUCCACAGCUACAGCUUGGAACAGUCCGGGAUAGAGGACAUUUUCCGGGCCUCCCCGGAACCCGGGAGUUAUUACCGAUGUCCGGUGUCGACCCCUCUUCACGGCAAACGACACAACCAGCAAAAGAUCCCGGAAAGUGUGACAUUUGUGUCCUUAGAUUUCAGUAAGGUCAAAAGUUCACCCAAACAAAAUGUCUACCGGGGUAUGCCUGCCGGAAAGAAAAUCGCUCCGCGGAGGAAAAAUAUGGACUAUUACUAUGUGGAUAAAUCGUUCCAAAAACGUAUUGCGAAACAAUCAAACACCACGUGGCUGCGUGGACUCUGUGCGCAACCAGUGGAGGAGAUCUUCACAAAGUAUAGGAAACAGAGCGAGUUAAAAAGACAGAAUACAAUAAUGACGCGAAGUUUCUCGACUCCGGGCGAAAAAGCGAUCCUUGAGGGCUGGGAGAGCAACAGUUCUAAACGGCUCAGCUCGGCCACCUCCAGAUCCUCUCUACAGUCCCUCACUACACAAGAAACCACGACACCGCCACUACAAGUCGUGUCAAAGCCGUACCGCCAAAAUGGCUCCGACGGUGACGUCACGCGAGCGAGCAGUCGUGUCGACGCCAACCCGCACUUGACGACACCGGGAGAAACGCCUCGAGAAUCGGGCUUGGCAUUCAAUGAUUCCUCACCACAAAACCGACAAAACAAGAACCUGCGAGAAAGUUCAUCUGUCCCACUGAACAUCAGUCCUACAGUGGACGACCAGUACUACGACCAGUUUAAACGUCAAUACACCAGACUUCCUGACAUACACAAGAAAAGUUACUCAUUUCAGACUCGACAACGGAAAUACUACAGUAGCCCAAAUUUAUAUUCCAGUCCACGGGAGCCAUCACCAACUUUUAAAGGAGGUUUGGCGCCUGCGCAAAAAUUAGAGGCUUCCGGUGCACUAAACUGUUCUCUCUGUGCCUGGGAUGAGAACGCUGAUCCAUGAAAUUGUACUAUAUCGCUCUUUUUCGGUGCUUCCGGAGAACUUUAAAUACUCGCCACUUUUCUAUCGGAAGGAUGUACACGUAAUUACGUGUAACUGUUUCAGAGAAUGAGCAUGUAUAUUUUUUUAUAACGAAUAGAAUCUGACCGCCGGUAAACAAGCAUAUCAAAACCCUAUACUAGUAUCUUGUGGAAGGAAAAUUUCAUUGAUUUUGAAAAAGGUCGAUGGCUUCAACUUAACAGUAACACUUGUAUGGUCAAACAAGCUUAGGCUUUUUUCUUCAUUUUGCUGUGUAUACAAAACUUAAGAUUUCAAAACGUACAUUAAAUUAUGUAAGCUGUU